AUGUUUCACUAUGAAAGACAUGGAGAUCAGUUUGACAGUUGUUUAUCCCAAGUUCACAAGUGUGUAAAAUGUCUGCAUCUUGUGAGACAUCUUAAGGCAAUGUGCGUACACCUAUCAUUUGUCAUUGUAACUGCACUUUUACUAUUUGGUACUUGUACUUCAGGUAUCUCAACACAUUACUACAUGGACAAUAAACUUGACUGCAGCAUGCAAGGCUUCAUUGAUAUCCCAUCUGAUGUGCAUAUAGUUGUCACUCUCAGGGGUAGCGCACAAAAGGUAUUUGAUGCACAGCGCUGUGAACUGCGAUUUCAAGCCCAAAACAAAAGAGAAUUCAUCAAAGUUGAAUUUGAGAAAUUCUACAUUAGCAGCUGCAGAGUUACAUUUAGUGUCAAUCGUAAUUCUUUUACCUGUGGACAGUCCAAACCAACUACAAAAUUAUUAGAUAGCAGACAAGUUUCUUUGGUUCUUGUGAGAGAUCUGGAUGACAAUCAGUAUAAUGCUAAUAUUAUUGUAGCUACAUACUCUAAAGAUUAUGGUGUUGUUCAAGAUGACACGUCUAAUCCAACUCUCAUUGGAAUUAUUGUUGGAGUUGUAUGUGGAAUUAUUGUCAUCAUUCUUAUUAUUGCAAUUACUGGUCAUUGCUAUUAUAAAUCAAUGAGAAAAAAGCACACUGGAAAGUAUGAUGAAAAUGGACCUCUGGAUGACUGUGAGCAAUCAAGCAUUGGCUACAUUAAUGAUGGGGUGAAAAAUGGCGGUAUCAUAAAGAAUAACAACUCUCCUAAGAAUAAUGAUAGAUCUUUGUUGUCACCUGAUGAUGAAGUGAAACAAUUCUAUGAUUAUACUAAAGAAAACAAGAAACACACAGUACCUAAUAUCAAUAUUUUGGCAAACAGUUCCACAAAAUCAACAGACUUUGAUAAUGAUCCUGCCAGAAUGGGUCAGAUGAAUUCAAAUGCAACCCCCAAAUCACCAGUGCUCAGUGCACUCCACAACAGUCCAAAAUUUCAAGCUUCUUUCAAAUCUACAGAGGCUGAAGCUGAAGAAAGAGCAAAACGAUUCUCUCAAGGUAGCACCUCACCUUCAACUCCACCACCCUUGCCAACAGUUCCAACCAGUUCUCAAAUGCAAUGUUCCCAAACAAACACUAACCAUGCUGGAAUCAGACGUGUACCUAAGAGUUCUGCUUCAUCUGAAGACUUAGAGCAUUUAGAAAAAGAACUUAAUACAAUGGCAGUGGAAAAGCAAGGAAACCAGAUGCUGCCAAAUCCCCCUCUUUUCUUAUCAAAUGUUAUUCCAAUCUCAACAAACAUGCAGCCUCAAUUAGCUCCUCAGUCAUUAUUGGAGCAACCUGCAAGUGAGCAAUCUAUUCUGACACUAGCAUCAUCAAAGGAUAGUAAUAGCAAUCAGCAUACACUGCGUCCUUCGAGAACACAGGAUAAAAAGAAGCAAGCAGACAUAACUGAUGGUCAGCCACCCAAGCCACAAAAGACCUAUAAAGAAAAAAACAGUACAAAUAGCCUACGUAAGCGUGGUCACAAGAUUCCAAAAUUUACUAAAGGCAAACCAUUUCUAUCUGAUGCAGAGUGUAACCCUAUAUAUGGAGAUGAAGAAACCCAUCAUUCUGAUACACCUUUGAGUGAGGUCAGCUCUCGAAUGGCAAGAACUGAUGAUAAUGAAAGUCUACCACCUCUUCAGCGUACAGCAUCCAAACAGUCACUGUUUGCUUCAAGAACAUCACUGUAUGCUCGCCGAGGUAAGAGAGAACGGCGCUCAUCCAUCUCAGAGUCUGUAACAUCGUAUGCUCAUGAUGACCUUGAUAUUUCUCUCUCUUACUCAUUGUCCUUUCUUUUCUCUCUCACAUUUCCUCUUUUCUUUCUUUCUUUCUUUUUCUUUACACAAAUUCAAUUUCACAUACGGUCCGGCUGCAACACAACAGAGAUAUAUACUUUCUUCCUCCUCUCUGGUCUUCUCUUUUCUUUUCUUUCUUCUUCUUUACCCAGUUCAGCUUCAAACACGGUCUGGCUGCAACAGAGAUAUAUUCUUUCUUCCUCUCUCUGGUUUCUCUUUCUUUCUUCAAACACAGGCUGUAUUCUCAGCGUACAAAUUUCCUUGCGUCUUCUGUGA